AUGGGUGUUCCCUUCGAAGCCCUUCUCCCGUAUGGGAUCAUCAUUGCAAUGUUCGGCGUCACUGGGUUCGGAUUGUCGACGGUGAAGUACUACUCAAACGGAAGAAAAAACCCAAGACGGGGCAUCGAUAUGUGGGAUAAGCAAAGUAUUGAUGGAACGGGAUCAGAGGAUCACGGGGAUAUUCAGAGGCCAAGACAGCAGCCAUGA